AGCCAAUGCAUGCUCAGCCCACCCACAGCAGGAAGCACCUCGCCUCUGUCCCUCCCUCCGUAAAUACAGUAUUUUUCUGCCUUUUUUCCAGUCUUAUCCUGCAACAGCAGUAGCUGGAAAUGGAGAUUUCCUAAUAGUAUAAUUAUCAGAGGGGAUCCUUUCCUCCUACGUGAUCCCGCCUAUACAUUGGGCGACCUGCCCCUGCCACUCAGCCUGAAGCAGAAGCAGCAGCCGAGGCAGGCAGAUUAGCAGCAGGAGCAGUCUCUAAUUCGUGGCUGCUCCUAUGGAGCCAUGAGAUGAUUCAUCAGCAGCAGUGGGAGCCGGGGAUGCUGCGCACUGAGACCGGAGGGGGCUGGGAGAUCAUUAAAUCCUCCAGGCUGUAGCUGUCUCUGCUGAGCACCAUCACGUUGGUGGAGAUCUCCCUCACACAUGCAGUAAACAUGGAAGAUAUUCUGAGAAAACUGCAGAAGGAAGCUACUGGGAAUAAAUACAAAGCCAUUAAGGAUAACUGUACCCUGGCAAUCGAAGUGCUGGAUGCCUCAGAAGGUGUAACCAAGAUCCCUCCCUACCAGUUGAGGGAAAAGUGCCUUCUUCCCCUUCAACUUGCUUUGGAAUCAAAGAAUAUCAAAUUAGCCCAGAAUGCACUGGCUGGAAUGCAGAAGCUUCUGGCUGACGACAGAUUUGUAUCCGUGGAAACAGACUCCGAUGAGCGGCAGCUACUUAACCAAAUGCUGAAUGCCGUUAAAGUGACGCCAUCUCUUCAUGAAGAUCUUCAAGUUGAGGUUAUGAAAGUUUUACUCUGUAUCACCUAUACAUCCACGUUUGAGCUGAAUGGCAGCUCGGUGCUGAAGAUUGCUGAGAUAUGCAUUGAAACCUAUGUUUCAAGUUGUCAUCAACGAAGUAUAAACACAGCUGUGCGAGCAACACUCAGUCAGAUGUUAAGUGACUUGACAUUACAAUUACGGCAGAAGCAGGAUAGCCCGAAUACAGAAAUCCAUGAUGCUCUUCUGGAGUUUCGAAGCCAAGACUCUUGUCCCUCCAUGGAAACACUCUGUGAUGACAUGGUAUCUGUGCUUACAGUCCUGUGUGACAAGUUGCAAGCUGUUAUUAAUGAGAAUCAUCCAUUGCAGCUUCUGUACCUUGAGUGUAUUCUUUCAAUGUUGAACAGCUCGUCCCCUACAAUGCAUAACCACAAAGGCUUUAUGGACCUAAUAUGGAAGCAGCUAUGUCCAGCUCUUGUAGUCAUCCUUGGAAAUCCAAUCCAUGACAAAACCAUAACCUCUGCUCAUAGUAACUCCUGUGCUGACUCUGAUUGUCACUCAGCUGGAGUAGCAGAUCAGGGACGGGGAUCGGCAUGUUCUUCUACAGCACCGGCUCUCAGUGGCCCAGUUGCCAGGACCAUCUAUUAUAUUGCAGCAGAGUUGGUUAGACUCAUGGGCUCUGUUGAGUCUAUGAGACCAGUCCUGCAGAGUCUCUAUCACCGUAUUCUACUGUACGCACCCCCACAGAAUCGUGUAGAAGCCAUCAAAAUCAUGAAAGAGAUACUCGGCAGUCCUCAGAGACUUUUCGACCUUGCAGGGCCAUGCACUUCUGAACCUGAAACAAGAAAACGGUCCAUAUCAAAGAGGAAGUCUCAUCUGGACCUUCUAAAGUUAAUUAUGGAUGGGAUGGCCGAGGCAUGCAUGAAAGGAGGCAUUGAGGCUUGCUAUGCAUCAGUGUCCUGUGUUUGUGCCUUGCUUGGAGCUUUAGAUGAACUGAGCCAAGGAAAAGGUCUCAAGGAAGAUCAGGUCCAGCAUCUUCUUCGACGUCUUGAUGAACUAAGGGAUGGAGCGGAGUCGAGCAGAGAGUCCAUGGAAAUUAAUGAGGCAGACUUCAGGUGGCAGAGGCGCAUUCUUUCCUCAGAGCACACACCUUGGGAGCUGCAGACAGAGAAAAGCCCUGAUAUAAGCAUUAGUGUGACCACGGACACGGGACAGACCACGUUAGAAGGAGAUUUGGGGCAGACUACUCCAGAAGACAAUGUGGAUGGGCAAGGGAAUAAUUUACAGUCACCAGCUCUCCAAGAUAAUCGUAAUAAAGAUACAGAGUUAGAAGUUGUAGAUCAACCGGAUGUCGUACAAAGGAGUCAUAUUACGGUUUAUCCAGACAUAACAAAUUUUUUAUCAGUUGAUAGUAGGGCAAGAUCUUAUGGCUCCAGGUAUAGUGAGAGUAAUUUUAGUGUUGAUGAGCAAGACCUUUCUAGGACUGAAUUUGAUUCCUGCGAUCAGUAUUCAAUGGCUGCAGAAAAGGAUUCAGGUAGAUCUGAUGUCUCUGACAUUGGGUCUGAUAACUGUUCUCUGGCAGAUGAGGAUCAGACUCCCAGAGACUGUCCUGGUCAUAGAUCAUUACGGACUGCGGCUUUGUCUUUAAAACUACUGAAAAACCAGGAGGCAGAUCAGCACGGUGCUCGUCUCUUUGUGCAAUCGCUGGAAGGUCUGAUUCCACGGCUUAUGACCCUGCAGAGAAUGGAGGAAGUUGAUUCCACACUGCAGAAUUUUGCUUCAACAUUUUGUUCAAGUAUGCAAGCUGGUGUAAUGCAUUCACCAGGCUUUCAAAAUAACAGUGUGGCAAGUGUCCAGUCCCUGCUCAAUGCGGAUAGUCUGUACGUGGCAUCUUACUAUGCUCUUCUGCUAAACCUGAAGCUCUCCAACAGUGACUACUACAGGAAAAAAACUGCCCUGGCCCCAGUGACCCUAAAAGAGUUCAUGAAACAGGUGCAGGCAAGUGGAGCGUUAAUAGUUUUCUCUCAGGCCUGGAUGGAGGAGCUGUAUCACCAAGUCCUGGAUAGGAACAUUCUUGGAGAGUCUGGAUUCUGGGGGAGCCCUGAGGGACACUGCUUACCCCUCAUUACUAUGCUGAUUAAUCUUGAUGGCUUGGGGAGCAGUGCUAUUGGUGGACAGCUUCAAGCAUCUACACAAUCUCCCAUUCCCCCUGACAAAAUUAUGGAUCCAACAACACUGGCUGGUGUUGCUUUUGCACGCUUUAUUCUUAUUGGAUGUUGGAAAAAUUUGAUAGACACCUUGUCAACUCCACUUACUGGAAGGAUGGCAGGAAGCUCCAAAGGAUUGUCAUUUAUCCUGGGUGCAGAGGGAGUGAAAGAGCAGAAUCAGAAAGAAAGAGACUCGAUCUGCAUGAGUCUAGAUGGCCUUAGAAAGGCUGCCCGUCUGAGCUGUGCCCUUGGGGUAGCAGCAAACUGUGCAUCAGCCUUGGCACAAAUGGCAGCAGCUUCUUGUGUGCAAGAGGACAAAGAAGACAAGGACAAUUCUGAACAUAGUGACACAAUAACAGUAAAACAAAGAGUGGAACAAAAAUUGGAACAGAUGGGUAAACUAGGAGGAUAUCGUCUACAUAAUGCCCAUGUCCUAUGCAUGGAUGCAAUUCUUAAUGUUGGAUUGGAGAUGGGAAGUCACAACCAAGACUGCUGGCCACAUGUGUUCAGGGUGUGUGAAUAUAUAAGCACCUUGGAACACACACACUUCAGCGAUGGGACAUCCCAGUUACCACUGGCUAUUACUCAGUCCCAGCAGCUGUCCGUAGGCCCACAGGGCCUCUCCACUGACCCUUCGCAAGAACAGACCACAGAACAAGAGGGCUCACUUGGCAAGAGUCCAUUCAUCCAGCCAGUCCCAAUCCAUGAACUCAUCAAAGAGGGCAGCAAGGGCCGUGUAUUCGACUUCCGUGGAAAUAGCCUGAUGAGUUCAAGUAAUGCUGCUAAAGCUGUCUGCACCCUUUCCACACAAGCAGACAAGCUAUUUGAAGGCGCUGCAGACAAACUCAAUUUGGUUGCUCUAAGUGGAUUUCUUUACCAACUGAAGAAAGCCUCCCAAGCCCAACUAUUCCAUUCAGUUACGGACACCGUUGAUUACUGCCUCGCGAUGCCAGGGGAGAUUAAAUCUACUCAGGACAAAAGAAGUGCUUUGCACCUGUUCCGCCUUGGGGAUGUCAUGUUGCGCAUCAUCCGCAGUAAAUCUCGCCCCCUGCUUCACAUUGUGCGCUGCUGGAGUGUGGUGGCCCCUCAUUUUGUAGAGGCUGCUUGUCACAAAGAAAGGCGUGUGUCUAAGAAGGCGGUUUCCUUCAUACAUGACAUCAUGACUGAGGUGCUGACUGACUGGGACGAGCCCCCACAUUUCCACUUUAAUGAGGCUCUCUUCCGACCAUUUGAGCGAAUCAUGCAGCUGGAGCUGUGUGAUGAAGAUGUCCAAGAUCAGGUGGUGACCUCAAUUGGCGAGCUGGUGGAAGUGUGCUCCCCUCAGAUCCAGUCCGGGUGGCGGCCUCUGUUCAGUGCUCUGGAAACUGUACACAGCAGCAGCAAGUCUGACAUUAAGGAGUAUCUCGUAGGAGAUUAUACUAUGGGGAAGCGCCAGGCUCCUGUGUUUGAUGUGUUUGAAGCGUUCCUGAACACAGACAACAUCCAAGUCUUUGCUAAUGCAGCCACAGAUUACAUUAUGUGCCUUAUGAAAUUUGUCAAGGGGUUAGGUGAAGCAGAUUGCAAAGAAAUUGGAGAUUGUGUACCUACAUCUGCUUCAUCCACAGACCUCUGCCUGCCAGCCCUGGACUACCUGAGAAGGUGUUCCCAGUUGCUGGCUAAAAUCUAUAAGAUGCCAAUGAAGCCAAUAUUCCUGUGUGGACGUCUGAACAGUUUACCCCGCCGGGUUCAAGAAAGAUCGGCCAGCAGUGAUGAUGGUAUUGAAGCUGUGUUAUCGGAGUUUGAUGAUGAGACUGGUCUUAUUGAUGUAUGGAUUAAUCUAUUAGAGCAGCUGACCGCUGCUGUAUCGAACUGUCCCCGUCAGCAUCAGCCGCCAACUCUGGAUUUACUCUUUGAGUUGCUGAGGGAGGUUGCUAAAGUACCAGGCCCAGGCUUUGCUAUCUAUGCAGUUGUGCAUCUGCUUUUACCUGUGAUGUCUAUGUGGCUGACUCGCAGCCAGGGUGAUCACUCCUAUUGGGAUGUGGCUUCUGCAAACUUCAAGCAUGCUAUUGGCUUGUCAUGUGAACUAGUGGUGGAACAUAUCCAAAGCUUUAUUAAUUCAGAUAUCGGCUAUGAAAAUAUGAUUAAUACAAUGCUGAAAGAGUUAUUCAAGCUGCUGGUAUCUUGUGUGGCAGAGCCCACUGAAAGUAUCUCUCGAGUGGGUUGUUCCUGUAUCAGAUAUGUAUUGGUAACCGCAGGACCGGUUUUCACUGAGGAAAUGUGGAGAUUGGCUUGCUGUGCAUUGCAAGAUGCAUUUUCAGCUACACUGGAACCAAUGAAGAAUCUUUUAGGCUAUUUCCACAGUGGGUCAGAAAGUUUUUCUGGAGAUGCGUGUGAAGUAAAGGUGGCAGCUCCAUCUCUGUCUCCCAAUGCAGAAGCGGAAUACUGGAGAAUUCGGGCCAUGACACAACAGGUGUUCAUGCUAGAUGCACAGUGUUCACCAAAGACCCCAAACAAUAAAGAGGGAUUUGAGCAUGCCCAGUCAUGUGUGCUUAUCAUUGAGUUGCCUCCAGAUGAGAAGCCCAAUGGGCACACACAGAAAAGCAUUCCGUUUAGGACAAUUGUAGUCAGUUUGCUUUCUCACCAAGUUCUGCUACAAAACCUGUAUGACAUUUUGCUGGAAGAAUUUGUAAAAGGUCCAACAAGUACUGAGGAUAAAGCUGCUCCAAUCCAUGAAGCCAAAACUGUAGGAUUCCUUAGGUACAUUUCAAUGCAAAACCUAGCUGUUAUUUUCGACCUAUUAUUGGACUCCUAUAGGACAGCAAGGGAGUUUGAUGCACGACCUGGGUUGAAGUGUCUCCUUAUGAAGGUUUCUGGGAUUGGCGGGGCAGCAAAUCUGUACCGUCAGUCAGCAAUGAGCUUCAAUAUCUACUUCCAGGCUUUAAUUUGUGCCUUGUUAACCAAUCAAGACAACAUUACUGCGGAUGUGGUGAAGAAGAUACUCUUUGAAGAGAGUGAGCACAGUACAGAUUCAUCCCAGCAGUGCUCCUCAGAAGAUGAAGACAUCUUUGAAGAAACUGCCCAAGUCAGCCCUCCACGUGGAAAGGAGAAAAGGCAGUGGAGGGCUCGGAUUCCUUCGCUUAGUGUGCAGCCAGUCAGUAACGCUGAUUGGGCUUGGUUAGUUAAAAGACUUUACAAGCUUUGUAUGGAACUUUGUAAUAACUACAUUCAGAUGCACCUGGAUUUGGAGAAUAAUGAUGAUCACCCAGGUAUUAAAGGAGAUCCUUUCUUCAUACUGCCAUCAUUUCAAUCAGAAACCUCCACACCAUCAACAGGAGGCAUAUCAGGAAAAGAUACACCAUCAGAAGAUGACCGAUAUCUAAAUAAGGAUUAUGCAGCAGAUAGUUUGCCACCGAGAGGUUUUGGUGCAGCAGUCCCACAGAGUCCUAAACUAGAAAAAAGAGACCAGGGCAGGAAAAAAGAAUGGUGGGAAAAUGCUGGCAACAAAAUCUACACCAUAGCCACUGAUAAGACAAUAGCGAAACUCAUGACAGAGUACAAAAAGAGGAAGCAGCAACAUAACCUGACUACAUUUGUUAAAGAUACCAAGUUAGAUAAAAAGGGGGAAAUGUUAUCUUCAAGAGGGCAGGAUUCCCCGAUGCCCCAAAGACCACAACAUCUUGUGGACCAAACACAGAUGAGGCACUCUUUCAGCGCUGGUCCAGAGAUACUGCGGCAGGAAAAGAGAUCUCGCUCUGGCUCCACAGUUAGUACAUUCAAUAUUUCAACAAGAGAUGCAGAGGCACAGAUACAGGCAUGGACCAACAUGGUGUUGACCAUUCUCAAUCAAAUUCAGAUCCUACCAGAUCAGAUGUUUGCUGCGCUGCAGCCUGCUGUGUUCCCAUGCAUCAGUCAGCUGACCUGUCAUGUAAAUGACAUACGUGUGCGACAGGCAGUUAGAGAAUGGUUGGGUAGAGUCGGAAGGAUUUAUGACAUUAUUUUAUAAGAUCAUUGUAUACUGGAAAGUCGUAAACAAAUAGGUGACUGUCAUUUUUACAUAUCAAACUACUAUUUAAAAAUUAUACUAUAGUUACUAAAGGUUUGCUACAUUUUUGUAAGUAGAAUGGGUCAUGGAUGUUUACAAUUGUUACAUAAGUUGUCUCUUCUGGUUUAGCUUUACAUUUAGUUGAGUCCAGAUGUUCACUUUUGAGAAUACAUAAGAAUUCCAGAGUGUCUUCUACCUAAUUACUUUCUUUGCAAAAACACCAGGAAAAUUAUAAUAUUCUGCUUAAGUAGAAACUAAAAACAUAAUAAAAUAGAAACUAAAAAUGUGUCUAGUAAAACGUAUCUAUUUGUUGUAGAACUUGUCCCUCACUUAUGGAGUGCCAUAAUGGCUUAUUAAGCCGACUUCUUCUAGACGCUGCUAGUGAAGGGUCAGAACUCGCGAUCACUGAAUUAUAUGGUCAGUAGCCUUUGUAUACUGUAGUUUCAAUACAAACUUACUAUGUGAUCAAGGUCAGCAUAACAUAAGACAGAAGUCUCUUGUACAAAUUGAAGAACCCCCAUCUCAGUACUACACAUGGAGGGCAUUAGAUAAGAGGAUAAUCUUAAAAGUUGCAUUCCCCUAUAAUGGUGCAAAUGUUUUCAUGACAUUCUAGGGUGAAACAUGUUAUGUAUAAAUUAGCAACACCCUAAAUUAGAUUACAAACAUGACCUGCUCGACGGUCAGAUUACGCAAUUUAAAUACUGCUUGAAACUAAAUGUUGUUUUACCUGCCUGCUGCAGAUAAUAAAUGGCCAAUGCGAUUUUAUAAA